ACGAGAAUAUCAGCGAUAGGCGAGGUGUUGGCUGAAACGCUUGAAGCUGCUCAUCUCCUCAGCGGCUGGAUCGAGUCUGCAAAGACCGCUGUGUUGCUGCCGAUGAAUCUCGUAUCCUCGGUCGUUGAAGCAACAUCGUUUCGAGCAUGGCGAGGUGUGGGUCAGGUUGCGAUCGGCAUUGUUGUCUAUGUGAUUUCAUCACGGAUUGCAUCUAUGCUCGAGCCGCCGUUUGCGCUCGUUGCGAACAGUCUGUAUGUUGGCACAGUGGUUGCCAUCCUCCGGCUGUGGCAGCCGCUGAUCGCUCCUGAUGACUACAUCUACGUGAGUGAGUGAGUGAACGGGCAUGGCCAAAGUCUCGAUGCAGUGUCCAGCACUGACAGUGGACUGGGUCAGAUAUCGGUGUUUGUCGCAAUGGGAGUCAUGCAGGCGGCAAAGCGCCUCUGGCGACUCUUGUUCAGGUAGAAGCGCAAGCCAGAAAUCAAUGCAAAGAGAUAUCCAGCACACAAGGCAGGACACUGGCAUCCCACAAGAACAUGGGCACGGACAUGGACUCGAAUGCGACCGACGCCACUCCUGCACCCACUCCUGCACCCUGGGACUAUUGCGCUGGUG